AUGGCGGAUUCCAGCUCACCUCGACACUGCUGUGACACUUGCGUCAAUUUUUCGCGCACUCAAAGGGGAUUUCUCCUGCUGGCUGAGAUGAUAUUGUGCUUGGUGAUUCUGAUUGCUUUCAGAGGCUCAAAAAUAGAAUUCUUCUCCCUGUCAGGGAUUGAGUUUAACUUUGCUGUUCUGGACUUUAUGAUCUGCGUAUAUGGCCUGCACAAGAAGUCAACAUGCCUUAACUGGUCUGUGGUUGAAUUCAUACGAUCAUUUUCAGCAGCACUCCUCUACCUGAUCCUCUCCAUUCCUGACCUUGCUGCGCGAGGAAACAGCUCCAUAAUUAUCCAAGGGAUAGUGGGCCUACUUGCUACAUUCCUCUUUGGCUAUGAUGCCUUUUAUUCUAACCCCUUUAGGCAGUAA